CCCGAGGGCUUUGAGCGAAGGACCCAGUGGUGUGAGUGUUCUGCACAUGAGUUGUGGCACCUCUGGCUUGUCGUGGUAACGGUGUAUGAAACUAGUAGGGAAACCAAUAUCCUUAGCUAGAGCACUGAACAUAAAACGACGCAGUUUUUUUGGCCAGGCAGUGCUCUCUGCGGCAGAGAUGGGGAGAAGAAAUAGAAACCGACAGAAAAAUCAACAGGACAGAGACGGGAAAAGUGGUGGAAAAGACAGAGACAGUGCUGCUUGGGGUGCCGGCUACUCGGAGAUAAUCAAGGAAAACAAACUCUUUGAACACUACUACCAAGAGCAGAAGAUCGUCCCCGAGGGAGAGUUUCAGCAGUUUAUGGACACGAUGCGGGAGCCCCUCCCAGCGACUAUUAGAAUAACAGGUUAUAAAAGCCAUGCUAAGGAAAUCCUCCAUUGCUUAAAGGAGAAGUACUUCAAAGACAUCCAGGACCUUGAGAUCGAUGGGCAGAGAAUCGAAGCCCCUCAGCCUUUAAGCUGGUACCCGGAUGAGCUGGCAUGGCACACCAACAUGAGCAGGAAGAUCAUCCGCAAGUCACCCCUUCUGGAAAAAUUCCACCAGUUCCUGGUUAGCGAAACGGAAUCGGGAAAUAUCAGCCGGCAGGAAGCUGUCAGCAUGAUUCCCCCCCUGCUCCUGAAAAUCGAGCCCCACCAUAAGAUCCUGGACAUGUGUGCUGCCCCAGGCUCUAAGACUGCUCAGCUCAUCGAGAUGCUGCACUCCGACAUGAACGUCCCGUUUCCCGAGGGAUUUGUCAUUGCCAACGACGUGGACAACAAACGCUGUUACCUGCUGGUGCACCAGGCCAAGAGGCUGAACAGCCCCUGCGUCAUGGUGAUCAACCACGACGCCUCCAGCAUCCCCCGUUUCCAGGUGGACAGCGACGGCAGGAAGGAAGUCUUGUUCUAUGAUCGGAUCCUCUGCGACGUCCCGUGCAGUGGUGAUGGAACGAUGAGGAAGAAUAUUGACGUGUGGAAGAAGUGGACGACGAGCAACAGCCUGCAGCUGCAUGGCCUGCAGCUCAGGAUAGCAGUCCGUGGCGUGGAGCAGCUGGCCGUCGGGGGCAGAAUGGUGUACUCCACCUGCUCCCUCAACCCAAUCGAGGAUGAGGCUGUCAUCGCCGCCCUGCUGGAGAAGAGCGAAGGAGCCUUAGAGCUUGCAGAUGCUUCUGCCGACCUUCUGGGCUUGAAGUGGAUGCCUGGAAUGACGUCAUGGAAGCUGAUGACUAAGACCGGGGAGUGGUACACCAGCUGGUCCGAGGUUCCGUCCAGCCGACACACGCAGAUCCGGCCCACGAUGUUCCCGCCCACAGACCCGGAGAAGCUCAAGGAGAUGAAACUUGAGAGAUGUAUGAGGAUCCUGCCGCACCAUCAGGACACAGGUGGCUUCUUCGUGGCGGUGCUGGUGAAGAAGGCUCCGAUGCCAUGGAACCGCCAGUACCCCAAGAUCCGCCACAAAGAGGCAGACGUGGCUCCCUCUGCCAACACACCCCCUGCAGACCCACCCCCGGCUGAGGAACUGGCCCCAGAGAGCCAACCCGCAGACCCGGAGCCCGAAGGGCGCCCCCUGGAGGUCGCGGUGAAGAAGGACGGAGUGUGUGGCCCCCCCCCUUCGAAGAAGAUGAAGCUGUUUGGCUUUAAAGAAGACCCGUUCGUGUUCCUGUCUGAGGACGACCCGGUGUUUGCUCCCAUCCAGGCCUUCUACAACCUGUCCCCCACGUUCCCGAAGCUCAACGUGCUCACCAGGACCCAUGAGGGCAAGAAGAGGAACCUGUACAUGGUCUCAAAAGAGCUACGAAAUGUGCUGCUCAACAACAGUGAGAAGAUGAAGGUGAUUAACACGGGGGUGAAGGUGUGGUCCCGGAAUAACGACGGUGAGGAGUUCGGCUGUGCCUUCCGGCUGGCCCAGGAGGGCAUCUACACGCUGUUCCCGUACAUUGGGGCGAGGGUGGUGGACAUCAGUGUGGAGGACAUCAAGGUCCUGCUGACCCAGGAGAACCCCUUCUUGAGCAAGCUGGAGAGCGAGGCUCAAGCUCAGGCCAAGAAGCUCACCAUGGGCAGCAUCGUCCUGAGAUAUCAGCCUGAUGCACAAAAUCCUGGGGUCCCGCAGUGUCCCAUCGAACUGUGUGGCUGGCGGGGCAAAGCCUCCAUCCGCGCCUUCGUGCCCAAAAAUGAGCGGUUUCACUAUCUGCGCAUGGUGGGCGUGGAGAUGUUCCUGGGCAAGCAGGGCAAGGGGGCCAGGGGCAGUGGCGAGGCAGGGGAGAGCCCCACCCCUCCUGCCGAGGAGGCGAGGAAGGUGAAAGCGGAGGAGGAGGGCGAGGCCAAGGUGGACGAAGUCUCGGAUGGGGAGAAUGGCGACCCCCAUGACGACGGGCAAUCCGGAGACACGGAGGCAGCCAUGCAAUCCUGAGAGGGGUGGGGCUUCAGAGGGGGCGUGGCAUGAGCCAUAAGCAGCCAAUCAGAGAGACUUAUGGGGAAGUUAGCCUUUUAUAUCAGGUGAGCUGGUACAUGCUGUCACAAGGUCCAACAGGCAGAACCAGCUCCUUGCAGAAAUGUGUUUUAAUUUCAGUUAAGCUGUCAGUCCCCUUCACUGAAGGCAUUUUAGUUUCUAAACACUCUGCUUGUUAGUGGCCUUCCUUGCUUCGUUAUGUGAGGCUUAAAGGGGCAGCCCCCCCUGGAGGAGGGCAUACCAACCGGCCCCCAUUUGCUCUCCCUCAGGCUUUAGGGAGGCACCCUUUAAAUGGUUUUUAUUUUUUGUCAUUGCUUUGCAGUAUUUGUAAUUCAAACCUUUUUUAAAUGUCAAAAUUUGAGGCAAAAUUUAUUAAUUUACUGAGCUGUGUACAAAUGGUUCUAGUUAAAAACAUUACCAAUAAAUAUUAAGUUUAAUUUCCCAUA